AUGGAUGGAACAUUACGUGGUACAAGCAUUUUGAAAAAUAUCUUCUUUACUGUUACUACUAAUUCAUUUAUGAAAAUAGAAGAAAAUACAGAACAAGUUCAUUGUACUGAUCAUAUUAUUCAAAAAAUAGCCAUGUUUCAAGUUAAUUCAUUAGCUAAAACUUAUUUUCUUAAUCCUAUUCGAUGUAUUGCUUUAUCAAUUGCUUUAACCUAUUAUUUUCGACUUUCAACAAAAGAAGAUAAUUUACAACGUAAUGAUAAAAAGUUGCCAUCACGAGAACAAUUAGCUAAACUUCUUGGUCAAGCUAUACCAAACUUUGAUUAUAUCGUUCAAAAUGAACUCGAACGAUUUAAAAUUAAUGAAUUUAUUCGAACAUCAUCAUCUGUUAUUAGUUUAAAUCAACAAUCAAAAAAUCGUUUAUUUCAUACAAAUGAUGAACAUGAUAUAAUGACGCAUAUUGGGUAUACUUUAUGUGAAAAACGUUUUACUGAUCUAGUCACUUCUUUACAUUCACAUAUAAGAAUAUCAUUUACAAAUGUUGUUGAUGAUUAUAGUAUAUUACUUGAAUUAAUUCAUUAUUCAUCGUUCUCUGUUAAUGAUAAAAAUCAAACUAUUCCUAUGAUGCAAACAAUAUCAACAUUAAAUGAUCAUUAUUCUAUUUAUGUCAACAAUGUAUCAAAAGUUUAG